AUGUCUUACGAAACCUCUCGCGAAGCCAGAGUCGUGUUUGAGAAAGGGAACCAUCAUGCUCUUGAGAACAGCAUCAUCUUAGUGUAUGCAUUACAUGACGUCACGCCCCAAGACGUUCAGCAGGCCUGCGAGAUCGCGACCGAGACUUUCGCAAAGAAGAUCUUGAACUGGCCAAAUGGAAGACUCAAGAAGCCAGAGAUCUUCAAAGUUGAGACCCACGAUGGACAACUGAGGGAUUCCAACGAUUGCUUUGAACGAUUUGUUAACCAUCUGCAUGACGUCUUUGAAGCGUCACCACCCAAAGACCUACCUGUGUACCCUCACGCGUUCGUGAUUAUGGACGGAAGCUGCUUGGAGAAGGAUGCAACUGCUAUGCUGGUUCUUGCGUAUAAGCCAGAGGAUGAAUGGAGAGUUGGCCAUUGUCGCGUGCCCAUUGAGGUUGAGCUUGGGUUGGUGGUUGAGAGCUUGAGGUUGGGCGAUGUGACGGAAACAGAUAUGCUUGAUCAGUUUGGCCAUUAG